AUGAGACCAGAAAAGAGGCAUUCUAUCAAAAAGAUCUGCUUGGCACUAGUAUCAGUGUUCGUAGUCGUUUCAAUCAUCGCGAUUACCCUUGGACUUGUUCUCAGUUCGAAUGCUGAUUCUGAUGCUGAUGUUACCAAAGCUAUCGUCCUAGUUGAUAAGACCACAGCAAGCGGUAAGCCAGCUCAUAAGGAAGCAGACGUCAAGGCAACUCAACCCAAGGGAGAGAAAGAGGAAGUAAAUAAGGAAGAACCGGAGGCCAAGACUGAGGCAGAUAGCGAACCAGUCCCUGAGAAAGAGAAGAAGCAAGAUACACAAAAGGAAGGAGAUGCAUCAGACAAAAGACCCGAGCCAACUGGCGAGGAACAAACAAGGCCAAGUGAGGAUACAAAAGCAUCAAGUGAGGGCAAAAGUGGAGCCAACUUGAGAAGCGAAAAACCACAAAGCUAA